UGAAUUUAAGUUCUUCUUUUAUCUUGGGCCACGUAAAGAUGAAGCCCAAUACCAAAGCGACGUCGUGUGAGGCACAACGGUCACCUUCAAAAAAGUUGGAGGAAAACGACGAAACAAAAACAGAGCAGAGAGGUGAUGAAAGUUGCUUGUACGGAGAAAGUUACGAUUCUCGCAGCCCUUGAUACGUUUGACAACACAGGAUGAUGACAUCUGUCCUCUCUCUCUAGGGUUUUCGAGUAACCCAUUCUCUUGUCUAUAAAUACUAAAUGUUCUACCGAUUCCUUUUAGCUUCCUUCGGUUUAUUACUCUGCUUCCUCUGCUUGUGAGUUUCCCUUUGGUAAAGUAAUUGCAGAUGGCACUCCCCCCACCCUAUGAUCCCAAUUUCAAAUUGGCAUUCUCUCUCGGCAGUAUCGCAGAGAUUGAGAAUCACCAAGAUCACGAUGAAUCUGCUUCUGCUGCUGUCGUAGCGGUUGAUCUGAUAAGCUCUGCACGGUUUGCACUUAAGCUGGAUAGUGUCUAUACUGAGUACUCGGCUAAGUAUUUGGUGGACAAUGCUGGUGGCUCACACAGGGGGCGCAAGCUCACUGUCAAAGACUGUCUUGAGUUUGCGAUAAACAAAGGCGGCAUACCGAAAGCAGAAGAUUGGCCACGCUUGGGAUCUGUGAUAAAGCCUCCAUCAUCGUAUAAACCUGACCUCGUUUCGAUGAAAGGACAAGUGAUUGAGCCUAAGACUAUGGAGGAAGCAUGUGACUUGUUGGUGCAUCAACCAGUAGGAGCAAAACUGCAUGUGUUCAUGCCACACAUUGAACUUCAACAAGACGGAAUUUACUGUGGCACGUCAGGUGAGCCAGCUAGCUAUGUCGGACUUAGAGAUGCGAUCAUAAUUGGAGCCGAGAAUAUCCAAGGGAAGUCCAUUGCAACAGUGAAGGUAUGGUACAAGAAGAAGUUCAUAUUUCUCAAAGUGGCUAUGAGCAGGUGGUUUCAGUUAUACUCUCCGGAUGACACACAGAAGGGCAUAGAGCCAACACAUUAUCUUGUUGACUUUUGUGUCCCACGCCUAUCCAUCAAUUAAGCAAGAAGAUGUUUUUAUCUUCUUAAUAAGUAUAUGCUACUAGUGGAAGACUUUAUUUAAGAAUAAUGUUUCAGGAGACUUUUUAAGAUAUGUAAUAAGUUAAGAAGUUGAGAUUUCUACUUUCUAAAGACAAAAAUUUGGGAUGAUCGA